UCUUAACUCAUCUCAUAUAUAGCUACAAAAAAGAGCAAACCAGGCGUCGAUCGGACUGCCCCCUCCUGCCGCCUAAGUUGCUAAAUCAAAAUAACCCUAACACCUCUCAAAUUUCAGAAUACCUCUUCCAAGUUUUCUUCACUUUGUCUUCCUCCAAUGUACUGAGUCCUUAAUUUCCGUAAACCAGUUCAAUUUUGUUUAGCCCCGUGCAAGUUGUAUCUAUCAUUGAAGAUGGACAUCGAACAAAAACAAGCUGAGCUAAUCGAUCAUUUUGUCAAGCAAGCAUCGGUUCUUAAAGGCUCUGCUCUCGGUCCUGUUGUUACUGAGGCCACUUCUCACCCCUCCCUCUUCGCCUUCUCUGAGAUUCUCUCUGUACCCAGUGUCGCUGAGCUUGAAGGAACUGAAAAUUCCCGGUAUGUUGACCUGCUUCGGUUGUUUGCGCAUGGCACCUGGACUGAGUACAAGAAUAAUGCUGGUCAUCUUCCGGAACUGGUUCCUGAUCAAGUUCUCAAGCUUAAACAACUCACUGUGCUUACACUUGCUGAGAUGAACAAGGUUCUACCCUAUGAUCAACUAAUGCAAGAGCUAGAUGUUACAAAUGUUCGUGAACUCGAGGACUUUCUGAUUAACGAAUGCAUGUAUGCGGGAAUAGUUAGAGGCAAGUUGGAUCAGUUGCGAAGGUGCUUUGAGGUCCAAUUUGCAGCUGGGAGGGAUCUCAGACCUGGGCAACUGGGAAAUAUGUUACAAACGCUAUCAAGCUGGUUGGCUACAUCAGAUAAUCUACUUGUCUCGAUUCAAGAGAAGAUAAAAUGGGCUGAUACUAUGAGUGAGUUGGACAAGAAGCACAGGAAGGAUGUGGAAGAUAGGGUAGAAGAAGUAAAGAAGUCCCUUUCCCUCAAGAAGUUACACACUGUAAGCAGGCCGACGUUGACUUCAGAGGGCAUGAGGAGAUCUAUUCUGAACCUGGUGGAGUGAUGGAUUAUGAGGAAGACCGAAGCCGGCCUAAAAGGAGGCGGCAUCCAAUAUCUUGAAGGUAUAGAUAGAUCAAGAAACUUAUGUGAUAGGGUGUUUUGAAGCUACAUGCCAGAUUUUCAUUGAUGGCAUUCCAGCAGCAAAUGAUUUGUGCAUUGGGGACCUCUGUCAGCGAAGUUUUCAUUGUCAACUUAAUUUAUAUUGGAAAACCCUUACCUUGUUUUAAUCCUACUGUUGUUCACAUUGAGUUGGAAAGAACGGAUCCGAGGUUUGGUGGUGCGGCUGAAAUUUUAGAGUAGAAGCUCAAUGUUAUGAUUCUUAUCUUUUUGCUUUUUGAUGAUUGCCUUCAAUUUGCCACAAAAAAACAGUGCAUAUUAUGUAUUUUAGCGGCUUCAUACACAUGAAAGGUCAAUAGAUCUGUGGUUGAAAGUUUUUUGACU